AAAUCCCCUUCUAAACUCGACCGCAGAGCCGACUCGCGCCGUCAAAAUGAAGACCGCCGUCAAAACCACCGCCCUUCUCUCCCUUCUCUCGACCGCGAUGGCCGACAAGGCCAUCGUUGGCGGCGACGACGCCGAGAUCACCGAAUACCCUUACCAGAUUGCGCUCCUCUCUGGCGGCUCCCUCAUCUGCGGCGGCUCUAUCAUCUCUUCCAAGUACGUCGUGACGGCCGGCCACUGCACUGACGGCGCGUCCGCUAGCUCGCUCUCCAUCCGCGCGGGCUCCACCUACCAUGAUAAGGGCGGCACCGUCGUCGACGUGGAGGCGAUCACCGUCCACCCUGAAUACAACGCCAACACCGUCGACAACGACAUCUCCAUCCUCGAGCUGGCAGAAGAGCUCCAGUUCGGCGACGGCAUCAAGGCGAUCGAUCUGCCUUCCUCUUCUUCGCUUCCUUCUGAGGGCACCAUCGGAACCGCGACGGGCUGGGGUGCGCUGACCGAGGGCGGCAACGUCAGCCCUAACUUGCAGUAUGUGGAGGUUCCCGUUGUCAGCAAGAGCCAGUGCUCGAGUGACUACUCCGGCUUCAACGAGAUCACCGCGUCGAUGUUCUGCGCCGGCGAGGAGGAGGGCGGCAAGGAUGGCUGCCAGGGCGAUUCCGGCGGUCCUUUCGCUGCGGACGGUGUCCUGAUCGGUAUCACCUCAUGGGGCAAUGGGUGUGCGCGUGCCGGAUACCCCGGUGUUUACUCGAGCCCGGCUUACUUCAGGGACUUCAUCCAGCAGGUUACUGGUCUGUAA